AUGGCCUUGGACAUCCCCCAGGAGCGGGGCCUGAGCUACCUGGACCACAAGUACCUGGAUGGGCUGCAGGUGUGCCGCUUCCCCCUCUUCAACUUCCUGGAGCCCCUCCCUCUGGACUGGAUGUAUCUCGUCUACAUGGUCAUGCUGCUGGGUGCCCUGGGGAUCAUGCUGGGCUGCUUCUACCGGCUCAGCUGCCUGCUUUUCCUCCUGCCUUACUGGUACGUCUUCUUCCUGGAUAAAACCACCUGGAACAACCAUUCCUACCUCUACGGCCUCCUUGGUUUCCAGUUCCUGGUCAUCAAUGCAAACCGCUACUGGUCUAUUGAUGGCCUCAGGAAUCCACGCAAGAGAAACGCCCACGUCCCACUGUGGAACUACACUGUGCUGCGCAUGCAGAUCUUCAUCGUCUACUUUAUUGCGGGCAUCAAGAAGCUGGAUGCGGACUGGGUGGGAGGCUACUCCAUGGGCAGCCUGGCUCGGCACUGGCUGUUCAGCCCCUUCAGGCUGGUGAUGUCCGAGGAGAUGACCAACUUGCUGGUGGUGCACGGCGGAGGGCUUGUGCUGGACCUGACGGCUGGCUUCCUGCUCUUCUUUGACGCCACCCGGCCCGUCGCCCUGUUCUUUGUCUCCUACUUCCACUGCAUGAACUCCCAGCUUUUCAGCAUCGGCAUGUUCUCCUACACCAUGCUGGCCACCAGCCCCCUCUUCUGCUACCCGGACUGGCCCCGCCGCCUGAUCGCCCGGAUGCCCGCCUGCUUCCAAGGCCUCCUGCCCCUCGCGGAUCCCCCUCAGCCCAGCCAGGAGUGUGUGUAUGGAGAGGCUGGGCGGGAGGAAAGGCCGGGCAGAGCAUCUCGGAAGCUGGGGCUACGCCAGAAGCUGGGCGCCCUCUUUACCGUCGUGUACGUUCUUGAGCAGUUCUUCCUGCCCUACUCUCACUUCAUCACCCAGGGCUACAACAACUGGACAAACGGGCUGUACGGCUACUCCUGGGACAUGAUGGUCCAUUCACGUUCCCACCAACACGUGAAGAUUACGUACCGUGAUGGUCUCACCGGGGAAAUUGGGUACCUGAACCCCGGGGUCUUCACCCAGAGCCGGCGCUGGAAGGACCACGCCGACAUGCUGAAGCAGUACGCCACCUGCCUGAGCCACCUGCUGAAGAACUACAACGUUUCGGAGCCCGAGAUCUACUUUGACAUCUGGGUCUCCAUCAAUGACCGCUUCCAGCAAAGGCUUUUUGAUCCCCAGGUGGACAUUGUGCAAGCGGAGUGGUCGCCCUUCCGAAAGACCGCGUGGCUGAAGCCUCUCCUGGUGGACCUGUCGCCCUGGCGGACGAAGCUCCAGGAGAUUGAGGACUCGCUGGACAACCAGACGGAGGUGGUCUUCAUUGCCGACUUCCCAGGUCUGCACCUGGAGAAUUUUGUCAGCGAGGACCUUGGCAACACCAGCCUCCAUUUGCUGAAGGGAGAGGUCACCGUAGAGAUUGUGAACACCCAGAAGAACCAUACUCUACGGGAGGGAGACCGGAUACAGCUGCCACCUGGGGAGUACCACAAAGUCUACACCGUCUCUCAGGAGCCCUCCUGCUACAUGUAUGUCUACGUCAACACCACCGAGGCGGCCCUGGAGCAGAACUUCACUCGCCUCCAGGAGCUGAGGGAGAAGGUGCAGAACGGGACCGAGACGGAGCCUCUCCCUCCAGAGCUGCAGCCCAUCCUGGACAGCUCCCUGGAGAACGUGACCCAAGCCGACCCGGUGGUGGAGGCCUUCCUUCGGCGCGAGCGGCGCAUGGCGGAGCUCCAGAAGCGGCGCAACGCCACGCUGGUGGAGCGCUUCCACCGUUUCACGGCCAAGAAGUACUUCGUUUUCCGCAGGAGCCUCCUGAUGACCUGGAUUUCCCUACGGAACUUGGUGUGGGGCCGCCCCUCGCUGGAGCAGCUGGCGCAGGAGGUGGCCUACGCGAACAUGCAGCAGACGGAGGCAUCGGCAGCUGACCAGAUGGACGCCCAGCCCAAAGGCCAAGAGCGCUCCGAACUCUGA